GCAAACGUCAAAAUUGACGUUUGUUUUGACAGUUUCCAAAGGUUAUGAAGUGUUAAAUGGGGAUUAAAUUAUUAUUUACGCAGCGAAAACUAAUAGGAUUCUGAUAGGAAUUGACCUAGAUACACGAAUUGGUAUAUUCAUGGUUUUAUGUAAAGCAAUGUGACGUAUUGGGUUCAAAAAUCUUAUACUAUCAGCAUGCCAACCUUCUUGACACCUGGCCGGCACGGCUAUAGCGUUCGGUUUAGCCGGACGAGGCCGGACACCCUGGCCGUUGCAACCAGCCAGUAUUAUGGUCUAGCAGGAGGUGGAACUCUGUUCUUCUUAGAGCUAGCUCCUGAUGGCAGCACCAUCAUAGAGGUUCAGAAACUAGAGUGGAGCGAUGGACUAUUUGAUGUGACAUGGUCAGGGACCACAGAGAGUGCAGCAGCCUGUGGUGCGGGAGACGGUGCCAUCAUAGUCUGGAGGGUCGGCUGUGCAGCUCCUCUGAGGGUGCUGAGGGCACAUACCAGUGAGGUGUGCUCUGUAGACUGGCCUCGGACACAUCUGUUGAGUGCUAGUUGGGAUACUACUAUUAAAUUGUGGGACCCCGAAUCUGAAGCUUGCCUCAGUACCUUCGUGGGUCAUUCUCAGCUGGUUUAUACGGCAGCUUUCUCCCCUCAUUCUCCUGCUACCUUCGCAUCGGUGUCGGGAGAUGGUCACCUCAAGCUAUGGACUUGUACUGAGCCUUCUAGACCUGCUGCAGUUGUCAAGGCGCAUGAUGCUGAGGUAUUGUCCUGUGAUUGGAGUAGAACGGAGACACAUGCUCUUGCCACAGCUGGUUCUGAUGGCCUCAUUCGAGGCUGGGAUCUGCGAAGACUGACUUCACCUAUGUUCACACUCAAAGGAUGUGAAUGUGCAGUAAGAAGAGUGCAGUUUUCUCCUCAUGCACCUUCCAUAUUGGCGGCUGGAUCCUACGAUUUUACUACACGGAUAUGGGACCUCAAACGCGGCUGCGAGCCUCUAGAAACGAUAAGACAUCACUCCGAGUUCACAUACGGCUUGGACUGGAACGCGCUGAGGCCGCAUCAGAUCGCGGACUGUGGGUGGGACUCACUGGUCCACGUGUUCACGCCCCGGUCUUUGGCCUGAGACUGGAGUACAUGAUCCAUUGGAAUGUCUGUGAUUAAAUAAGAGUGUUUGUGGAGGAAUCGUGCCAAACCAUUGUAGUGUUUAUUGCGAAGACAAUCAGGGUUAUAAUCGCUUGCAAGCGUUCACUCGGUGCAGGUAACGGUGAACAGGGAUAUUGAGGUUUUUGGUGAUAGACAAGAUGUGUAUUGUAAAAUAUUCUUUGUUACUAUUGUAGUAAGGUAGUGGUUUGUUUGAAGUGUUGUAUUUUAACAUUCCUAUUGGCAUAUUAUGUGGAGCUUGUCAUUACAAUAAUUUGUUUAUUCUGUUGUUAAUUGUUUCGGAAUUAUUGUUAAGUUAUUGAGAGAAAAUAUUCAUUGUAGGCUUCGACUGAGGUUUUGUUUUAGAUUAUUCCAUAACGCAAAGAACAGAAUAGUGAUCAGUCAUAAAAAAUAUUAGAUCUCUUUAAGCCUUUAAGAACCAUGCAAAAAAAUUUACAGAAGAAACAUUCCUAUAAAAGUAAACAUAAUAAAAGAUGUGAUGUGAAGUCAUCACUUGAUCUCAUAAUAAUUUGUACUGGGUAAAAUAGAUUUUUUGCCAUGGCUAUGUCAUAGGCAUCUCUGCCUAUCCCUUUUAACUAAAAGGUUUGAUUUUAUGUUAAUGUCAAUUAUACAUUUUGCACUUAUGUUAUGUAUUGUGCACAGUAUGUGACAUUGUUUCUCUCUCUCUCUCUUUUUAAAUAUUUUUCCAUACAUAUAUGGUGCGUCUAUUUUUGGCACGCCGUUUUCGCCCCAAUAGGCAAUACUUAUAAUAACUAAACUACUUAUAAUAACACCCUGUAUAAAUAAUUUUAUAUGCAGACUGAUUCUAACAUGGUGCAUUUUAUUUUAAACUUUAUUUUUACUCAAUGAAAGUUAAUAAUCGCUUGUACUUAAUCGUUAUACGUCUUUUGUUUUUAUAACUAUUCGAGUUUUUUAUUGUUUUAUGUUACUUUAAGCAUACAAAUAUGAACUUUAUUGUGAUGGAGAUAUGGUUGAAUUUUCAUUAUAUUGUAUGAUUUUAUAUUAUU